AUGCACCGCCUCGACUUCCAACUGCAGAGUAUCCAGGCGUGCGAAGCCGGUUCGAUGAUUUUGUUGCUCACUACAGUGGAUUAUUUCUCCCGUGGCAUCGGCAUUUUCUCUGGUUAUUCGAAAAAGCUCUUCGGGAUGAGUGCCGGUACAAGGGAUAUCUGCCGCAACCUCCAUGAAAGCCCCCUCUUCGACGGCAGUGAGACAUCUCUCUCCGGCGACGGUGAAUACAACCCAGACGAACAAAGUUUAUCAAGUGGUGCGGUGACCAUAUUUCGCGGUUCGGGCGGAGGCUGUGUCCGCCGCGGACCAUUCAAAGACAUAACCAUCCACCUCGGACCCUUCCCACACAGUCUCUCCUCUCCAACCGAUAUCCCCGAUCCGGGAUUCGACUAUAAUCCGCGCUGUCUAAAUCGGAGCCUUAAUAAUUUUGUUUCUACACAUUUUACCAGCCAGACACAAGCCAACCGUCUCUUAUCGGCGAGGGAUAUAGUCGACUUUCAAAUGGUAAUGGAUCAUUGGCCGGCAGCGCCCGAGGGGGUGUUAGGUCUACAUGGUGGAGGGCAUUUUAGUAUUGGAUCCACGAUGCAAGAUCUCUUUUCUUCGCCGCAAGAUCCGGCGUUUAUGCUUCAUCAUGCUAUGAUUGAUCGAUUGUGGGCGAUCUGGCAGGCAGUGGAUGAAGGGAAGAGGCGGUUUGCGGUUAAUGGGACGAAUCGGAUUUUGAAUCCGCCGUGGGCAGACCUUGUUACGUUGGAUAUGGAGAUGGAGUUUGGGAUUUUGGAUGGGAAUCGGCGUGUUGGUGAGGUCAUGAGUCCAGUGGAGAAAGGGUUAUGUUACACCUACACUUGA